AUGAGUGACGAGGAAGAUCGCAGUAGAGGGGUGCUCGGCGUCGCCAUCACCUUCCUCGCCCUCACUUGGAUAGUGGUGCCUCUUCGAAUCUAUGUGCGCACCGUGGUGACCAAAGCCUUUGGGACGGAUGAUGUUUUACUACUCAUUACCCAGGCUCUCUUCACGACCUAUCUUUCUGCCCAGCUUGGAGGUUGGUAUUGGGGUACAGGCAGGCACAGGGACAAUCUCACACCUGAAGCCAAUACAAAUGCGCUCAGGUUCUGGUUCAUCUGCGAGAUCUUCUACGUCCUCACGGCUACAUUCAUCAAGCUCGCUGUCGGCUUGUUCCUGAUUCGUCUCUCCGUCAUCAAGAUGCACAUUUGGUUCCUUCGUAUCCUCAUGGUUGGAAGUGUUGUUUUUGGAUUCGCCUACCUCAUGGUUGUCCUGUUUCAAUGCCGGCCGAUCAGCACAUUCUGGUUGGAGGCGCCAGGCACCCCCGGCAAAUGCCUGGACAACAAUCCCGUCGCCAUUACCACAUACAUUGCAUCAGUCGUCAACUGUCUUGCCGACUGGGCCUUUGGUAUAUUACCAAUGUUUAUCGUCUGGUCUCUAAAUAUGAACAAGAGGUCAAGAAUCAUUGCCAUGGGUAUCCUCGGCUUUGCUUCCAUCGCGAGUACCGCGACGAUUGUACGAUGCUUUUAUAUUAAAGACAUGCUCAACGGCCAAGACUUUCUUUGGGCCACGACAAACUUUGCCAUCUGGAGCACAGUCGAACCAGGUGUUGGCAUUAUUGCGACCUCUAUCGCGACACUGAGACCGAUCCUGAGGGGCUUCCUGGCCCUCUUUGGUAUAUCCACAACUUCGCGGUCAAGGGCGACUCCAUGGACGCCCUCACGCGGCUACAUCAAGACUGAUGAUCAGUCCAUAUCCAAUUUAAGGCCGGAUAUCGGCGCAAGCACUUCAACUGCAGCUGGCGGCCCAAGGAGGCAGGCCCAAAAUAACUAUGCAGAGGACGAACACAGCACAAGUGACCUCAUCGAGUUGUCGGGCAUUGUAAGGACAGUGGAGGUGUCACUUUCAAGAGACAAUGACGACGUGACGCCGCAGCCAAUUCUUGUUGGCAGCAAAGCAUAUCAGUAA